AGUAUAACCUGCAAGACCCCUUCAAUUCUCUCUCUCUCAAAUUAUUAUUUAUCAAUGGAUCAUCAAGAUGUUCACCACCAUCAAUACAAAAACCACCACCACCACCACCGCCACCAUCGUCUAGAGUUUCAGGUAAACGGCCUAAACCAAAUCCCAGUUCGUGUAGUUAUGGUACCCUUUCCAGCCCAAGGUCACCUCAAUCAGCUUCUACACUUGUCCCGUCUCAUAUCAGCCUACGGCAUUCCAGUGCACUACGUUGGCUGGGCAACCCACAAUCGCCAAGCAAAGCAACGCGUCCAUGGUUGGAACCCUCUCACUGUCUCCAACAUACGCUUCCAUGACUUCCCCAUGCCACCAUUGCUCAACCCUCCACCAAACCCAGAUGCCCCGAUCAAGUUUCCUUCCCACCUCCAACCCACAUUUGACGCCUCCUUGCACCUCCGUGAGCCCAUGGCUGCACUCCUUCGCUUGCUUUCCCCCACCACACGUAGGCUUGUCGUCAUCCACGACACUCUCAUGGCGUUUUCUGUGCAAGAUGUCGCUGCCAUUGCUAAUGCUGAGGCCUACGCUUUCCACAGUGUAUCCGCCUUCGCCAUUGCCUUCUACUUGUGGGAGUCCCUUGGGAGGCCAACGCCGGAUCAGGGAAUUAUUAUUCCAAAGGAUUUGCCUGAUCUCUCACUUGAAGGAUGCUUCACCCAGGAGUUUGCAAACUUCAUCAGCCACCACUAUGAUGUGAUGAAUUUCGAUGUUGGUGAUCUCUACAACACAUGCCGACCAAUGGAAGCCACAUUCAUUGAUUUGUUAGCUCAAGAGCAACUCAACGGAAACAAGAAAAUAUGGGCCGUCGGGCCACUGAAUCCACUAGCUCUCAGUUUGGCCAGAGAAUUCAAGCACCGGCACAAGUGCUUGGAGUGGCUAGACAAACAGCCAUCGCAGUCAGUCCUAUAUGUUUCAUUUGGGACCAUGACAUCGAUAUCGGACGAUCAGAUAUCUGAGCUUGCUGUUGGUUUGGAACGUAGUAAGCAACGGUUUAUCUGGGUCUUAAGGGAAGCUGACCGAGGAGAUAUUUAUGCUCAAGUGGAGGAUGCUAGGAAAGUUGAGCUCCCAAAAGGGUAUGAGGAGAGAAUGGAUGGAGUGGGAUUAAUAGUGAGAGACUGGGCUCCACAGCUUGAGAUCUUGGCUCACCCUUCAACCGGCGGAUUCAUGAGCCACUGUGGUUGGAAUUCAUGCAUGGAGAGCAUCAGCAUGGGCGUGCCGAUUGCAGCUUGGCCAAUGCACUCAGACCAGCCAAGGAACACCAUGCUUGUGACCAAGGUGUUGAAGGUUGGUAUUGUAGUAGGAGAAUGGCAACGACGAGAAGAACUGGUUUCUUCACUCACAAUUGAAAAUGCAAUCACCAAGUUGAUGGCUUCAGAGGAAGGAAAUAAAAUGAAAAAGAGAGCUGAGAAUUUGGGUCGUGCAGUUCAUCAAUCGGUAGCUGAAGGUGGAACCUCUCAUGCCGAGUUGGAGUCUUUCAUCGCCUUUAUCUCUAGAUAGGGAAUGGUCUUACUUCUUAGUGCCAAUGAUAUAAUUAUCAUGUUUGACAAGUCAACCAACGUUUAAAUAAUAACCCUAGUAUUGGCCAGAACAGUCUACUUUCGCAGCUGUGUUUUCUCUGAUCAUUACUGUAGACUGUAUUAUUUACUUACUUCUUUUAAUUAAUUAUCAUAUAAGAAGUACUGUUUUAUCUUA